AUAGCGUUAGCCAUAUCCAAUAAAAUCCUUAAUGAAAGAGAUAAGUAAUCAACAAAUUUGAGCUCAAACAAAGGCCGUACAUGGCCUCCUCUCUUGGCUUCAGCUGUGCAGUUCCCAUCUCAAUCUCAAGAUGGACGAAAGGCAGAAAUCAACGAGCUACAAUUCGGUGCAUAGGAUGGGACCCGGAAGGCAUUCUCGGAGCUCCGAAGCCGGGACACAUAGCGGGACUUGAAUUCAAGCGAAAACUCGAGAAGGAUUCUGAGGCCAAAGAAGCAUUUGAACGCCAAGUCCGAGAAGAGAAAGAUCGCAUGAGAAAACUUCGCGAGUCUCGGGUGAUACCGGAUACUGUAGAGGAGUUGGUUGAGUAUUUUCUAGAUACUGAAGCUCAGAUGAUCGAAUUUGAGAUUUCCAGAUUGAGGCCUCGAUUGAACGACGAAUUUUUCUCACACCUGAAACUAGAACUGGGGAAACUCAAAUUUUCUGUGUCUAAGACUCAGGAUGUGGAAGACAGAGUACUUGAGUUAGAGACGCUGCAAAAAGCCCUGGAGGAAGCCACAGAAGCAUAUGAUAAAAUGCAAGCUGAACUCAUAGCAGCAAGGCAGAAUUUGAUGAGACUUUUACAAUCGACUGAUAUCAAGGCGACUCUCUUGGACUUGCUUGGGGAAAACGCAUUGAAUAGAUCCUUAUUGACACUCCUUGAUCAAAACAUCGCAAGUGCAUAUCAGGGUAACCAGAAACAGGUUGCGGAAUACAUGGAAAAGAUUCGUGGGGCGAUGCUCAAGUAUAUCACUGUCUGAUUCGUGUAGAACGAUGAUGUACCAAAUAUAACUAUGUAUGGUUUAUUUACACAUGUGCAGAGAUACUGGUUCUCAAAUUCAAGAUAUCAGGUGUUCAUCAUUCUGCUGUAGGUAUAAUUUUACCAAAAUUAAAGAGCUUGGAAUGUUUUAUUUUUCUUGAUGAAUGUAAAUUCAAGACUGUAUUAUUCCAUGACCGAAAAAGGAGAGUUAUUUGAGACUGAGUA